AUGCGCUGUGCAGAGCUCUCUGCUGGAGCCUGCUGGUCAGAAUUGGGUACUGCAGCUCAGAACCUGCGCAUGCGCAGCGGAGAUUUUCACUCUAGACCCGCCCCUCACGAGUCUCUCCGCCCCACCUACGUGUCUCCGCCCCUGUACGUCUCUCCGCCCCACGUGUCUCUGCCCCCCCAACGUGUCCCCGCCCCUGGCGGGACCCGUGAAUACGCGCGGGCUCCGGAGAGAGAUGGCGACGAGAUGGCGACGGCCGGUUCGGUCAGGUGCCAAGGGGAUGCUUUGGUUCUAGCAGACAGUGACAAAGCAACGAGCGAGGUGCCAGCGUGCAGCCUGCGCUCCGCUCUCCGGCUCGCAGGAACCCCGGGCGCUCCGGGCCGGGGCCGCCCCCGUCGCUGUCCCCGCCUGCCCCGUCGCUGCCGCCGCCCCCGCCGCUUCGAGCCGCCCGCUGCGGCAGGUCCCGUUCCGCUGGGGGGGAGCCGGGCCGGGGCAGCCCCGGGGCAGCGGGGGCAGGGGAGCGGGGCAGGGGGCGGACACCGCCGGGCACGGGCGCCGGGCACCUCCCCGCCCGGCCAGAGCCCCCCUGAGCCUCCCCCGGCCCCGCUCGCCCCGGGCAGCCCCAGCCCCUCCCCUGCAGCCGCUCCCCGAGCCCCCUCCUGCCCCGCCCGCUGCCCGCGGAGCGUGUCCAGAAGCCCCGCGCGAGGAGGGCCCGGCCGGGGCAGCUGCGGGAGCGGCGGGCACCGCUGCUGCUUUCCCUCUCCGGGGCCGCGCUUGCCCCUUCCUGCCCCGGGGAUGCCCGUUUGCAUCUUGCCCGGCUCUGACACAGCGAGACCAGUAAUUCUGAGAUCCCUUUCAUCAGUCUCUUCACCGAGUAGUCCUCGAGAGAUCUUUCCACGGGCGGUUUCUCGUGGGCAGGUCCUCACUGCUGUCUUUUCCGUCCCCGCCCCGGGGCGUGUCCCCAGAGGCAGGUGACAGGACCAGCUGCUGCUCCCCCAGCCCUUAAUUCCAGCUGGUGUUCCAGCUGCCCCUAUUCCCAGGGGAUUGUGGGGAGGGCCCUGGGCGGGGCCCGGGAUAUAUGAGCCCCCGCCUGUGGCCGGGGAGCUCAGUCUGCUCUGGGGCUG